GCCUCGUCGUGUUUCAUCACUUCCUUUCACACCGGCGCUCCGUCGGCUUUUACAUCGUUGUAAAGGCUUUUGGGUUGAAUUUCUCACUGAAAGGUUUGCAGGUAAAGGUCAUGGCGAAGUUUCACGCCCCUGUGAUCCAGGACAACCCGUCUGGAUGGGGCCCCUGCGCCGUCCCAGAGAAGUUCAAGGACAUGCCGUACCAACCGUUCAGCAAAGGAGACCGACUGGGGAAGGUCGCUGACUGGACCGGAGCAACUUACCAAGACAAGAGAUACACGAAUAAAUAUUCGUCUCAGUUCGGCGGCGGCAGUCAGUACGCUUACUUCCACGAGGAAGACGAGACGAGCUUCCAGCUGGUGGACACGGCCAAAACGCAGAAGACGGCGUACCAGAGGAACCGCAUGCGCUUUGCUCAGAGGAACCUGCGCAGAGACAAGGACCGCAGGAAUCUGACCCAGUUCAACAUGCAGACGCUCCCGAAGAGCGCCAAGCAGAAGGAGAGGGAUCGGAUGCGUCUGCAGAAGAAGUUCCAGAAGCAGUUUGGAGUCCGACAGAAGUGGGACCAGAAGUCUCAGGCCCAGCUGAAGCCCAGAGACUCGUCUGUGGAGGUUCGGAGCGACUGGGAGGUGAAGGAGGAGAUGGACUUCCCCCGACUGAUGAAGAUGAGAUACAUGGAGGUGUCCGACCCGGUCGACAUCAACCCCAAGGAAAUUAAGAACAAUUCAGAAGCUGUUUGCUCGUUCUUUUCUCCAGAUCUGCUGACCGUGAGCGAAACGGCCAACGAGCCUCCGCAGGACGAAGGGAACUCCUUCAACUCCCCCCGUAACCUGGCCAUGGAGGCCACCUACAUCAACCACAACUUCAGCCAGCAGUGUUUACGCAUGGGCGGAGAGAGACACAAGUUCCCCAACCCAAACCCGUUUGUGGAGGAGGACAUGGACAAGAGCGAGGUGGCGUCUGUGGCGUACAGGUACCGCCACUGGAAGCUGGGGGAAGACAUCGACCUGAUCGUGCGCUGUGAGCACGACGGCGUGAUGACCGGCGCCAAUGGCGAAGUGUCCUUCCUCAACAUGAAGACGCUGAACGAGUGGGACUCCAGGUACUGCAACGGGGUGGACUGGCGUCAGAAGCUGGACUCCCAGAGAGGCGCCGUCCUGGCCACCGAGCUGAAGAACAACAGCUACAAGCUGGCCCGCUGGACCUGCUGCGCCAUGCUGGCCGGCUCCGAGUACCUGAAGCUGGGGUACGUCUCCCGCUACCACGUGAAGGACUCGUCCCGCCACGUCAUCCUGGGAACCCAGCAGUUCAAACCCAACGAGUUCGCCAGCCAGAUCAACCUGAGCAUGGAGAACGCCUGGGGCAUCCUGCGCUGCGUCAUCGACAUCUGCCGCAAGCUGGACGAGGGCAAGUACCUGAUCCUGAAGGACCCCAACAAGCAAGUGAUCCGGGUCUACAGCCUGCCUGAGGGAACCUUCAGCUCCGACGAAGAGGAGGAGGAAGAGGAGGAUGAGGAGGACGAGGAGGAGGAAGACGAAGAGAAUUGAUGCAGCGUUUGCUUCAGAUCAGCCUCCAUCUUUACAAAGAAACAAUUUAAUUCCCAUUAAAUUUCAAUAAAGACAAGUUGGGCAAAUUA